GUGGGGUUUAUGGCAGCAGCGACAGCUUCACAGAAACUACAGGGUGUAUGAGACGCGGAACAGGCGAUUAAUGCACUCCUCAAGAUAACACAAGAGACCGAGGAGGACAAAGUCACAGAGAGGUGGUGGCAGCUCGUCUGUGGGCGUCUUGUGGUUUACCUGAGGAAGACUAUUAUAGACAUGGCAGCCAAUAAGAGCAAGGCUCAGAGCUCCCUCGCCCUACACAAGGUCAUCAUGGUGGGCAGUGGAGGCGUAGGAAAGUCUGCCCUCACACUUCAGUUCAUGUACGAUGAGUUUGUGGAAGAUUAUGAGCCCACAAAGGCCGACAGCUACAGGAAGAAAGUGGUGUUGGAUGGAGAGGAGGUGCAGAUUGACAUUUUGGACACAGCUGGUCAGGAAGACUACGCUGCCAUCCGGGACAAUUAUUUCCGAAGCGGAGAGGGCUUCCUCUUGGUCUUCUCCAUAACAGAGCACGAGUCUUUCACGGCCACAGCAGAAUUCAGGGAGCAGAUCCUGCGGGUUAAAGCCGAAGAGGAUAAGAUUCCGCUGCUUUUGGUUGGAAAUAAGUCGGACCUUGAGGAUCGGAGGCAGGUUUCUGUAGACGAAGCGAGGGGGAAGGCUGAAGAAUGGGCUGUGCAGUAUGUGGAGACUUCUGCCAAAACACGAGCCAAUGUGGACAAGGUAUUUUUUGAUCUUAUGAGGGAAGUCCGAGCUAAAAAGAUGUCAGAAAAUAAGGACAAAAAUGGAAAGGGAAAAAAUAAGAAGAAUAAGAAGAGCUUCAAAGAGCGAUGCUGUUUACUUUGAACAACACUUGGACUUUUCCUAACCAAAUCCUUUCGCAACUCUGUGGAAAACUCCAUCAGAGGCCCCUUUUUUCUUUAUUAAAAUCAAAACUUGACUGGUACAAUGUUGUACAGGCCAAGGUAAGCAUUUCAUUCACUCAAUCCAUUUUAGGUAAGUUGACUAAGAUUGAAUGGUAUGCAUACUUUUUAACAGACGAUGACCACUAUAUGGCUACUGGUUCAAGAUUGUGGCACUUUAGGAUUUUUGUCAAAUGUAGUUGGCCACUGUGCGCCAAACACUAACGUCAUUCUUCUGUGAUUUAACUUUUCGUUACUGUUUUUUUUUUUAAUGUAGGAAUCCACUUUAGCAGACAGUGUUAGGCUAGUGAUCAAAAGUUUGGGGUCAGUAAAAUGUUUUUAAAAGCGGUCUACUCUAAUAACCAAAGCUGCAAUUAUUUGAUCAGAAACACUAUUAAAAUGUUCAUUCAUUAAUUUACUUUUCAGCUUAGUCCCUUUAUUAAUUAGGGGUCACCACAGCUGAAUGAACCACCAACUUAUCCAGCAUAUGUUCGAGCCAAAACCCAACACUGGGAAACACCCAUACACUCAUUCGCACACAUACACUACAGCUAGUUUAGUUUAUUCAAUUCACCUAUACUGCAUGUCUUUGGACUUGUGCAAACUCCACACAAAAUGCCAACUGACUUAGUCGGGGCUCAAAACAGCAACCUGCUUGCUGUGAGGCGAUCGUGCUACCCACUGCGCCACUGUGACGCCCUCAAUUAAAAUGUUGAAGUUGUGAAUUAUAAUUUCACAUAUAAUUGUAGAAGUAUUUUUGAAUUCAAUUCAUUCAGAAAUUUUAUGAGUAAUUGUAUUUGUUCCUGUGAUUCAAAGCAGAAUUUUCAGCAUCAUUACUCCAGUAUUCACAGGGUGUCUGUGGGGUCUUAAUGUCUUAAAAUUCAAAAACUAAAUUUCAGGCCUUAAAGACUUAAAUUCACAGAAAUUUUGACUUGUAGGUCUUAAAUAUUUGUAAACAGGUUUUAAUUUUCUUUUGUCCAUAUAAAGCUACCCAAUCAGGCCAACAUGCAUCCAAUCACCAACAAUCCAUCUAAAUAGAACUUUUAACAAAACUCUAUUUAUAACUCUACUAAUAUAGUUUAAUUAUCUUCAUUACAAUAAUGUUGGUUUAAAAGUUCUUUGUAUAUUUAGUAUAGUCUAAAAAUGGUAAGGACACUGACCUAGACAGACUCUUGUGCGUACAUUUAGUUUAUUAUAGAUUUGAAAGAUUUGUAUGUGAAAUGUGUAUGCAUACAACUAGGGUUUGCUUGUUUUGACAAUUUAUUUAGAACUCGUGCCUAAGAAAUAACGUAUAAUAUAAUAUAUAAUUUAAAAGUCCUGUGUAAGUCUGAGAUUCAUUUUAUAAUGGUCUUAAAAAGGUCUUAAAUUUGACUUGUGAAACCUGCAGAAACCAUGAUUUGUUUUCAUGUGAUCCCUCAGAAUUUGUAGUAUCAUAAUCCAUUGUUCUUUUAUAAUGAAUUAAUAUUGGUACUCAGUCAUUAAUAAUGAUUCAUAUAUUUAUCAGUUAAUCAUUCCCCCCACUUUCAGAAUCAGAAUCUUUAUUGUCAUUGUAUAAAAUACAACAAAAGUUGGGUUCGCCCUUCUUUUCAGUGCAAGUUUUACUUGCCUAAAUCAACAUUGAUAGAAGCAAGACGGAAUAAAUAAUAAAAACGUAAAAGAUAACAAUAGCAAUAGUAUUGAAGAUAAUAUAAUAUAAUAAUAUUGUCCAUAGAAACUGCGCUUUAUACAUUUAUCUUUUUAGCAUUCUUAAAAAAGUUUAAAAUAACAGCAUUUAUUAAAAAAUAAAUUAAUACAAAAAUUGAGUUAUCUGUUCUUCCUUAAGAAUCAGAAUUGGUUUUAUUACCAAGUGUGCUUUACACACACAAGGAAUUUGUUUUGGCUAGUGACAAGUGACGACACGAAAAUAAAUAUGAGAAAGGACAACAAACAUUAGACAGAGAUGCAAGUACUUUACAGAAGUAAUUUAACUACAUUUUAAUGGUACUAUUGAAUGGUACUGUAUCAUGGCUUAACAAAAAUAUGAAGCACCCCAACAUUUUUCAACACCAAUAGUAAUAAUAAAUGAAUGUUUCUUGAACAAUAGAUUAUCUAAUUAGAAUUACAUUGUAAUAUUUAGACAUUUUUACAUUUUAUAUUGUAUUUUGGAUCAAAUAAAUGCAGAAUAGACUUCUUUUAAAAACAUUGAAUAUUCAGAUUGAUCCCAAACUUUUGACCGGUCCAUACGCUCUUUGUAUUGCACGCCAUUGAAGUAUUUUUGUGUUAGAUCUAAUCAUUUUAUUUCAACACCUCUUGAGACCAUCAUUGUAUAGAAAGCAAGAAGUAAUUUUGUAGAUCAAGAGUAAGUGGUAGUACCGUAGUUUUCAACUAUGAAUGACUCCAUUGAAAAGCACACACGGUAUCGAGGACAGUGUUGAAACAAGGACUAAUAGCGCCAUCUGCUGGUUGAAAAUCUAUCUUUCAGGAAGUCCUCAUGCCUGACAUAAGUGACUAAACGGCUGUGAACUGAUCUGCCUUUAUGCUUUCGCGUUUUCUUGAAAUAUUUUUGUACAUUUUGCGCCACUGUCGAAUGGGAAGAAUGUAUUUUGUGUGAAAAUGUGCCAACGAGCUUCAUGACUAAACAAACGGCUUUGCAUCAUUUUCAGACUGAACACGUUUGAUUUUUGUGUUUGUUUCGAGAGUUUUACACCAGUACUUGAAACCUGCUCUUUUAUAUACAAAUCUCACCUAACAUAGACUGCGAUUUCUAUUGUAGUUUUUUCCCCCCUGGCUUUUAGAAGAACAAAAACUUCUCAAGUAUGUUGCCAAAUAAACAUUAUUUUCUUCCUUUG